UACUGGAAAUGUCAAAUAAAAAUAAUCGUAUCCUUGCCGCUUUCGCGAGUUUCGCGGUAUCGUUAGAAAAUAAAUACAUUGUAAACAAGUACAUAACGAACUUAACGAAGUACGAAUUAAUUUAGAUUAUGGAGAAAAAUCCUCUAGAAAUCAAAAUAUCAGAAAGAAAACCUACUAUCAAUAAACAAGGCAGACCUUUAAUAUCAGAAAAUGUCGGAUUUAGUCCACAACCGAAGUCGUCUGUUAUAUUAGAUUUAUUAACCAGAAAUAAGGAUCUAGAUCAAAUAAAUGAACUGGAGGAUAUUGUAGAAUUGGAGGAAAAGGAAUUUAUUUGCAAAAUAUGCUCAAAAAGAAAUGACAGUGAAAAAGAGCAUAAGAAGCACUUACAGACCCAUCGGAAAGAGCAGUUAUUUGUGUGUGAUUUUCCUAACUGUUCAUAUUCGUGUAAAUUAUCCUGCAAUCUAAUAAAACACAAGAGAGUUCAUACUUCAGAGAAGCCUUAUAUCUGUGAUCAGUGUCCAUUCCGUACAAAUUUUGUCAAUUCAUUAAAAGUUCAUAAGCGGAUACAUACCACUGAAAGACCUUACAGUUGUGAAUAUUGUGCCUAUCGCUGCAAUAGUAGUUCAAAUUUAAAAAAACAUCGCAUGCACAGACACACUGACACGAAGAAAAGCUAAUAGGGCUAUUAUUAAUAAAAAAUAUUUUGUGAAAAAUUGUUUUUUUUUUUCAAUUUUUCCUUUAUGUACU